AUGGUUUCUCUAACUGAAGAAGAAUCUGGUCUCAACCCUUAUCUCAUCCUACAAGUAGGUCACAAUGCUACUAAGAAUGAGAUAGAGAGUGCUUUUAGAAAGAUGGCUUUGAAGUUUCAUCCUGACAAGAAUCGAACACCAGACGGCGCUAUCAUGUAUCGUCAAGGAUGUGUUUCCUCUGAAAUUCUUCUGGACCCUACCAAACGAGCGCUUAUCGAUAGAAAGCUUUCUGUAGGAGGAAACAACAUUCCCACUUCGAGGCCCAAUUCCACGUACACCACUCCAACUCAAUCCACCCCUUAUCCAUCUUUCUGGCAAGCUCCUUCUACUUUCCGUCCCAAACCCAUCGCUCCUCAAGUACGGGUCAACUCUUUCCCCGCCCCUUUCCCUGCUCCUGCAUCAGCUUCUACCUCCGGAAUCGACUCCUCAGCAUAUAUCAUCCGACCGAGUCCUUCUGAUUCUCAACGAUACCCCAACAUCAAUCUAUGGACCGUCCCUGAUCAUCCUUGA